AUGAUUUCUAGGAUGUUGAGAACUGGUUUUAUUCGAAGAGCAGCUUGCUUCCGUUCUUUUCAAGCUUCUGUUCCAUCCUACCGACCUCUUUCUUUUACUGCUUUUCGUCGUAACAAUAAUCAAGAAAUUACAAAGUCCGCCGCUCAAGAGCUUGCCAGUGCUAAAGAGGCUUCUGAUUUGAUCGGCCCUGGUGGCCAUGAAGGCGAAGUUCCUACUGAUAUUGAACAAGCCACUGGUUUGGAACGUUUGGAACUCUUGGCCGAAUUGGCUGGUCAAGAUGCUUUCGAUAUGAAGCCUCUGGAUGCUUCCCGUAAAGGAACAUUAAAUGAACCUAUCAUUGUCACUUCUCUUGAUCCCUUCCGUCACGUUGGCUGUAGUGGAAGUCCCUCUGGCUCUCACGAUUUGGUUUGGAUGACUGUCAACGAGCAAAAGCCUCGCCGUUGCCCCGAAUGUGGUUCUGUCUACAAAUUGAAGUACAAUGGUGAUCCUCACGCAUCUCAUCAUUAA